CGAACACGUUUGUUUUUGUUUCUUUUCGGUUCCAUACAUGCGGUGCGAGUGUCGUUAUUUUUUCGUGAGUGAAUAUUUUAUCUUUUCUCCGCUAAUCUGAAGCUGCAGUUAAUUGAAAAUGGGAAAGUUCCGAUCUAAGCUAAAGAAAAAAGUUGGCACCAAACGUUGGGGUCGAGGACAAUCGUCCAGCUCGAACCCCGAAUCGAGUAAACAUCGAGCCAAAGCGAAGAGUCGCUUUUUCCAGACAAAUUUGAGCCUGGCUCCGACAGCGCCGCAUGAUGCAGCAUCCGCGGCGAGUAAGCUGACGCUGGAAGCUGUGCUCAAGCACGAUGCUAUCCAGUCGUACGGUGGGGCUGAAAAGACUGGUGGUCCAACGGUGAACGAUAUUGCCGCUAGCAUGAAAUCGUUCACCAUGAAUGACGUCGAGACGGAUGGAAUGACCGAAACACAGCUGGGAACGUUCAAGACCUUCCAGACGUUCGCCUCGAACUGGAGCGCGUGCAGUAAUAUGAGCUUCAAGAAGUUGUUGAACAAUUUCCGGGCAGAUUCCCAGCUUCAGAAAGACAUGCUGGCGAUAUUGGCCGCGCUAACAGAGGUAAUCAAAGAAAAAGGAGGAACUCAGAGUAGCACCGAAUAUUUUCUGGGACUGAUGGAAACAAUUGAAGCGACCAAGGAGGAUAAUGAUACAGUGGCAGCCGUUUCGUUGCUUUCGAUGGGAAUAAAAUCCGUUCCGGAAGCUGUUUUGAGAAAAAAAUUCUCCGAGACAGGUCAAAUAUUAUUGACUCUUUUGGAGCGGUUUGUAGAAUCGGAUAAUCAAAAUGUCAUGAGAAGCAUUGUCGGAUGUCUGUCGGUUCUACUGAGAGCACAAGAGUACUCACAGUGGAAAUUAUCUUCAACAUUGAAGUUUUUCGAUGCGAUACUAUCGUUUGUGAUUCAUACGAAACCCAAGGUGAGGAAGGCAGCCCAACAUGCGGUGGUAGCUAUCAUCCACGGAAGUUGCUUCAUGCUUCCUCCGAAAUCGGUUCAAAAAGAGGGUGACGACAACCAGGAUGAUCAAAUGGAUGAUGGAGAGCCGAAAAAGCCGCUAGUGAAGUACCAUCCAGCCGGAAAUCAUGUAGCCAAAUUUUGCGUGGGACAGUUCAAACCAGAGAAUGUUACCAAUAAUCAUACGCUUGUUCUCCACACUUUGGGAUUGCUUCACAAUGCGCUGCCGGGAUUGUCGAAGGAUGAUAUCAAACUGGUCGCUGAGAGUUUGCUGUCCAUCAUGACUGCCACGAAUGUGCUGAUUCGAACCAAUGGCUUCCAGACGUUCCAUUCUUUGUUUGCCUCGAGAACGGAAAAUUUGACGCCCGUUUUGGCUGGAAAACUGAUCACCGCGCUGUACGAUUACAGGCCGGACAAGUCCGAUUCGAAACAAACAAUUGCCUGGCUGACGGUGCUUAAGGAAGGGCACCUAUUUUUAGCCAAAUAUAAUUUGAGUAUAUGUAGUGGAGCCCUGCCAAGAUUUGUCGACAUCUGCACUCAUGAUUUUUGGAGAUCGGGUAAAAUGGAAGUGGUUUCGGCGGCUUCCAAUGCACUGAAGGAUAUCCUCUACGAAUGCAUUCAACCCUGCUGCGAAGAUGAAGAAGUUGAUAAACAUCGCGCUUCGAUUGAGCGCAUUCUGAAGUCUAUUUCUGAUGUACUGAGUACUGCUCCGUUUGGACACGCUUCGAAUCAAGUACUCAUAAUUUUGGCAAUCUCCUUCGACAUCGCUGGCCGUCAUUUUGAUAAGAUUCUUGCACCAGCUUUGAAAACCUUAGGCAAUCGAUACGAUCCGCAGUCUUCCACUCGAAUUCAAAUUGAGCAUGCCGUGCUGCAAGCGGUUGGUUCCAUGGAUACCACUUUGGUGCUCGAGUGCAUUCCAUUGGCCAAUAAGGCUGGUAAAAUUGAUCUGGACAAAACCUGGAUACUUCCGCUGCUUCGCGAAGGACUCAAUCAGUCGAAACUUGAAAUCUUCGAGAAUGUCAUCCUGAAAUUGGCCUAUCAGUGUUACGUGCUGUGGAAUGAAAACAAAGAAUCGAACAACAAAAAUCAGGCGCACAUCUACGAGCUACUCUGCUGCCAACUUUGGGGUCUCUUCCCGGGAUUCUGUCGUCGACCGAAGGAUAUACAAAAUUUCCGCCUCAUCGCCAGAACUUUGGGAACAGCGCUGAAUGAAAAUCCAGAUUUUCGUUUGCCUAUUUUGGAGGGUCUCAAGGAACUCAUUUCCCAUCUCGAGUCGGAUGCGGACAAAGCGGCUAUCGCCAUGUACGCAAAAAAUUUCCUCCCGCGACUGUUCAACAUUUACACCACCAAACCCAAAGGUAGCUACGAGAACGAAGUCCGUCAGGCGGCUUUCGAAACAAUCAAAGCAUAUCUGAGCAUAACCCCGACUCCGGUUCUGGAUGAAUUGCACACCAAAGCGCUCGAUGAGCUCACAACAAAGUCACCCGGCACCUUCAAGUAUGACAUGAUGUUUGAUCUCGUGGAACAGCUUUCGCUCUUCCAGACGGCGGAUAAGCUGGACGAUAUUUACCAACGCUACAUAACGGCUAUUUUGAAGCGAGAUAAAACGCAAGAAACGGUUGCCAAAACAAACGCCAACGUGCGACGCCAGAUGAAGAAAGCGUUCAAGCUGCUGCAGGAGAUCCUGGCUUCGGACAAUGAAGGAUGUGUUGAUUUUAUCGAGAGGAAACGCGGGAACGUGGAGAAGCUGCUGCUGGGCACGCUGCAUUCGACAUUCGACGGUAUCCAAGCACCGAGAUUGGCUUGUCUCAAACUACUCAUAGUGAAAAACUCCGACAUCAAGAUCACCAACAAAAUUGUCACACGAACCGUACCGGAAGCGAUCGCAUCCUACGGGGUAGAAACCGUCAAGCAGGAGAAUUUGUCUAACGAUCUGAUCGAGACAAUCGGAACCAUGUUUGAACGCGAGGGUAAAAUUAACGAUUUUGUAGAUUUGAUCAUCGCUGGGUUCACCGGCGACAGCACCCUCGUUACCAACACCAUCUGGGUGCUGAAGAACGUGUUGCAGAUGUUCACCGGUUCAUUGACUGUGGAAACACUGAAGUUUAUGCUGGAACAGGUCAUGAACUUUGUGGUGGGCACCAACCGGACCGAGGUGGAUGCCGCGCUCAACUUCUUGCUGAUUUAUAUCAAGAUUCUACCGAUCCCGCUAGUGACGAACUAUCUGCCGCUAAUCACAAAAGGACUCUCACUGAUGGUACCAGAUACCAAGCGCCAUUCGCGACUUAUUGUGGGUUACACACUGACCCGGUUGUGCAAACGUUUUGGUCCGGAGGAGAUCAUUAAGCUGGUUCCUGGAAACGACGAAAUGACCCACAAGCGGUUGAAGAAGAUCCGCAAGGAGAUCGCUCGGGCCAGACGCAAUAAGCUACAGGAUCAGAAGAACAAGAAGAAGGGUGGCAAUGCGAGCGACGAGGAGGAUGAUGAUGGCGAGGAUGAGUUGGCAGGUCACUUGGAGAAGAAGAGUUUGACCAUCGACGACAUUCUGGCAGAUUCCGACUCAGAUUCGGAUUCCGGCGUUGAAGAUGAGAAAAAACCCAGGAAGAAGAUUAAUACCUACAUUAAGGAAUCGUCGGACAAUAUUGUUGAUUUGGCCGACUUGGAUGCGAUUAACAAAAUCACAACAUCACAGCCAAUGAGUCAAUCGAAAACGGGCAGCUCGGAGGUGAAGAAGAAAAACGAUGCGAAUCGUGGCUUCAAUACCGCCCCCGAUGGUCGACUGAUCAUCGAGGAUAUUGAGGAUUAUUCCGAUUCGGAUGAGGAUCCGGAUGAGAAUGUUGGUUAUAAGGAUAAAGCAAAGAAGAGAGUUUAUGACGAGGCAGAUAGUGAUAGCGAUGGCGAUGACGGUAUGGCUGAGGAUGCUGAAGCUGGACCAUCGUCACGCAAGAAGAAGGCUAUGGAAGCGAUGAGUAUGCGGUCUGGGAUGAGCGGAGCAAUGAGCACUAGCAGCAGUCGGUAUGUAGCGGGUGGUACAGGUAUUCAUCGACCGGUGGCAGCUUCGGUUAAGUCUGGCUACAGCAGCAAAUCAACCAAGUCGAAUAAGAGUGCGAAGACAUACGCAUCCACCGGAGCGGAGUACAAGUCCAAGAAGGCGCAGGGCGAUAUGUUGAAGAAAAAUAAACACGAGCCAUACGCAUAUGUUCCUCUGAGCAGAAAUUCACUCAACAGAAGAAAACGAGCGAAAAAUGCCGGUCAAUUCAAAGGUAUUGUUAAGGGUGCCCGCAAAGGUGCAGCGGCAGGUGCGAAGAAUAAACUAGUAAGUAAGGGAGCUUCCAAGCGGAAGUAAAACCGUGUGACUAUAUGUAAUUUUCACGGUAACAUAAAUGAAGUGUUUUGAAUAUACCGCCUAGCAUAAUGCAGGCCGGAACUUAUCAAACCUAAAGAAAUAUAUAAUUCGUGAUAAACAGUAA